CAUGAAGUCAUAUGUUUUCAAUAUAAACAAAGCACAUCAGUAAAACACCACUCAGCAUAUUUUUUCGAAAAAUUAGUUAUUGCAAUAUAUUACAGAAAUUAAGUAGUGCUUGAACGAAUUCAAACUUUUAGUAUCAAAUAAAUGUAGAAUAUACAAGUCCAUAUAAUUACCCGCUCUAGAGUAAAAAUAAAAAGUAUUGUCAAGGAAGUGAAUCUAGAAAAAGUUUUUUCUUGCAAGAUGUUAGAAACUAACAAAAUAAUAAUGAUUGGAGUUUUACUCAUCACAUUUGUGCUAGGCAGCGCUCUUAGCCUACCGGUGGUUACCCAGAAAGCGAAAACAGAAAAGCAAGAUGAAGAGCAAGCUAAAGACAGCAACGUAGAACACUUCGAGAAUGUGAUUGAGUAUAACAAAUACUUACAAGAAGUUGUUAAAGUGCUUGAAAGUGAUCCUGCGUUUAGAGAAAAACUUGACAAGGCAGUCGAAAGUGAUAUAAGGUCUGGUAAAAUCGCACAAGAGUUGGAAUAUGUCAAUCAUAAUGUGCGCUCUCGGCUGGACGAGCUGAAGCGUAUUGAGUUACAACGUUUGCGUGAGCUAGCCACCAAACAAUUCGAACUGACGAACGAAAUCGAUCGAGAUCAUAUAAAAAUUGCAGAGCACCUUGAUCAUGAAAACCAGCAUACCUUCGAAAUCGAGGAUCUGAAAAAACUUAUCUUGAAAACAUCACAGGAUUUAUCCGAAAACGAUCGUCGAAGAAGGGAAGAGUUUAAGCAGUAUGAAUUGCAGAAAGAAUUUGAAAAACAAGAAGCAUUGCGUCAACUAGACGAAGAGCACCGUAAGAAGUAUGAGGAAGAGUUGAAAAAGCAACAGGAGAAACACGAAAAUCACGAAAAAAUACAUCACCCCGGUAACAAAGCACAAUUAGAGGAGGUUUGGGAAAAGCAAGAUCAUAUGAAUGGCCAGGACUUCGAUCCGAAAACCUUCUUCAUGUUACAUGACAUUGAUGGAAAUGGAUUUUGGGAUGAGAAUGAAGUAAAAGUGCUUUUCAUCAAUGAAUUGAACAAAAUGUAUCAAGCGGGAGCUCCGGAAGAUGACAUGAAGGAAAGAGCAGAAGAAAUGGAACGCAUGCGAGAACAUGUAUUUAAAGAAGCAGACACUAAUAAGGAUGGCUUAAUCAGUUACGAGGAAUUUUUAGAACAAACAAAACGCGACGAAUUUCAAAAGGAUCCCGGAUGGGACACUGUUGAUCAACAGCCCCAAUUUACACAUGAUGAGUAUCUAGAGUACGAACGGCGCAAUCAGGAGCAAAUUCAAAGGCUCAUUGCGGAAGGAAAGCUGCCACCUCAUCCCAAUAUGCCUCAAGGAUACUACCCUGGACCUAACGCUGGUCCAUACCAAGUACAUCCAAAUGCAAUUCCGCAGCAGCAACAGCAGCAGUACCACGUACCACAACAAGGACACCCGAAUCAGAUUCCUCAAUACCACGGCGCACAACAGCAGGGCUAUCCACAACCAGUAAAUUUGCAUCCUAAUCAAGUUUAUCAGCAUCAUCCAGGCGCUAAUCAUCCACCACAAAACUAUCCGCAACAAAGUGGACAACAAUCCAACGUAUACCAACAUCCUCCUCAACAACAGCAACCUCCCCAGCAACAAUACAAUCAACCUCCACAGCAACCGCCCCAGCAACAAUACAAUCAACCUCCACAGAAACCGCCCCAGCAACAAUAUAAUCAACCUCAACAACAGCAACAUCAGCAGCAGGCUCAGCUUCCUCCCGUGCAACAAAAUGUAGUCUCCAAUAAUCAACCAGCUGCCGUUACUGCACCACCACAAGCAGCCCAACAACAACCAACAGCAUACUCACAGGCACCCCCACAAGGGCAGCAACAACCACAGUAUAAAGUUCCAAACAACAAUCCCCCUGCUGUUGGCCAACACCCUUCUGUACAGGCAAAUAAACAAUAAUUAACCGACGAUGUUGCAAAACAACUACUUCCUGUUCAACCUAAUAACUUGAUUAUUUCUCAAAUGUGGAUUCUAAUUUUAAAUCGUUGUGAUUAGAGAAAUAACAUCAUUUUGUAAUUUAGAGUUUUACCAUUUUUGUACCAUAGUUUGAAAGGCUGUAUUCCAUUAUAACAUGCGGUAUGAGAAUACCUUGUUUGGGCAUAGAAAAGAAACGAUUAAAUUGAAAAUUUAAGACUGUUUAAAGAUACCUGCAUGGAGCAGAACACAAAAAAUCAUGUACUAUUCAAAAAAUAUUUUUGUGAAGGACAAUUAUUACAAUAAAGGACAUCUCCACUUAUGCAUCCAA